GCUCAGUGUGGAACCGGCCUCCUGCUGCAGCCCAAGGGUCUUGGUCCCCCCACCUGUGUCUCCCCGGCUCCAAGGACAUGGACAAGUGCUGCAAGCAUGCUCUGCUCCGCCGUGUCACCUGUCUGUUUGUCCUUGCACAGCUGCUUACCCGGGCGUCCACAGAUGAGUUCUGGGUGUCUGGUCCCUCAGACCCCAUUGUGGCCGAGCUGGGUGGAGAAGCCAUACUUCCCUGCUCCCUGUCUCCAGCCAUGAGUGUGGAGAACAUGGAGGAGCUGAGGUGGUACCGAACCAGGUUCUUAGAAGCGGUGUUUGUCUAUCGGAACCAACAAGAGCAGAAGGAAGAGCAGAUGGAUGAGUAUUUAGGGAGGACAUCCCUGGUGAAGGACCAGUUCCACCAAGGCAAGGCUGCUGUGCGCAUCCACAAGGUCUGGUUGUCAGAUAGUGGAACAUACAUCUGCUUCUUCAAACAGGGUCCCUACUAUGAAGAGGCCCUCUUGGAGCUGAAGGUGGCAGGGAUGGGCUCUGUCCCUGAAGUGCACAUCAAAGGUAUAGAAGAUGGUGGUGUGUGUGUGGUGUGCAAUGCUUCAGGGUGGUACCCGAAGCCCCAGGUGCAGUGGAGAGACUCCAGAGGGGAGAAUCUCCCAGCAUCCUCUGAGACCCACACUGAAGAUGCUGAAGGGUUGUUCAGCAUGGAGAGCACAUUGGUGGUGAGAGACAGGUCCUUGGGGAGUGUGACCUGCUCCACCUUCAAUCCCAUCCUGGGCCAGGAGAAGGCCAUGGCCAUGUUCAUCCCAGAGCCCUUCUUCCUUCAGGCUUCUCCCUGGAUGGCAGCUUUUGCCGUGGGCAUGACCGUGAUGGGACUUCUAGUCCUAGCGUCUUGCUGUUUUCUCAUAUGGGAGCAGCGUGCAAGGAUGCAGGUGCAUCAGGAACUGGAGAAUCUGCUGCGUGAGCAGGAGGAGUGGCAGAAGACAAAGGAGCAUGCGCUGAAGACAGCGUAUUGUCCAUCUGGGAAUCCUCCAGGGGAGGGGCUCACCCCAGGCUCUGGAGUUGUUGACUCUCCCCCAGGGGAGGAAUCCCCAUUCCUCCCUCAUCCUGGUGAGGCUUUUCUCCCAUAGUGCAGUUCACUGCCUCUAAGUUGUCAGUGUGAGUCCUUGUGGGACUGUAGAAGCCACAGGCUUUCUUUGGGUCACCAACCAGCUCCCAAGUCCUGAAUGGGGACUCGGCAUUUAUUGUGGAUGCUUGGCCUUAUCUUGUGCUUGCCGUACU